AUGCCCGCAAAACUUCAACUCUCCGACAAGCAAAUCUCUUAUUCGGAUGUGAAGGACGACGAAUCGAACGUAUUGCAUAAACUCGAGGUGUGGGAUCGACGGUGCAAAUUCUUUAAUCACCUAUAUCGAAAUCGAACCGUUAUCCAUGAAAUUACUGCGCAUCAUCUUGGAUUGAAUGUCCAACUAUGCAAGGUAGCAGAACCAGAAGAGUGGAUUUACGGCAGCUUCAAUCUGUGUAUUCCAGUCUCCAUCUCCAACUGGAAGGGACAACCAACGAAAAGGGUUAUUAUCCGAUUUCCACUGCCGUAUAAGGUGGGCGGCCCAGAAAAUGCGGACGAAAAGCUUCGUUGCGAAGCCGGCACCUACAUCUGGCUUCAGCAAAAUUGUCCAUCCGUCCCGAUCCCUCGCCUGUAUGGGUUCGGACUCUCGACAGGUCAGAGGUUUACCGCCAUCGAGCACCUACCUCUCCUUCUCCGGCUAGCACACCAUUUCUAUCGCCGACUGCUUAACUGGCUGAAAUUCCCCGUCCCGUCCAGAUACAUUCGUCGUGGAGGGGCAAGCUUUGACUCCUUGGGCUCCGGCUAUCUUCUGAUCGAUUACAUAGAAAAAGCCGAGGGUCAAAUGCUGUCAUGCACAUGGAACGAGAGGUAUCACGAGAAAGGGCUGCGCAGGAACCUCUUUUCAAACCUGUCCCGGAUCCUGUUGAACAUCGCUCAAGUACCACUUCCGCGCAUUGGUUCCUUCACCGUGGACAAUAACGGAUUCUUACAUUUGGCUAACAGGCCACUGUCGCAGGUAAUCCAUCAGCUGGAGAAUGAGCAGAUCCCGGUGGAUAUUCCUCGUCAUCUAACCUACACAUCCGCGGACUCUUAUGUGAUAGACACGCUGAACUGUUUACACGAUAGUCGGUUACGCCAUCAACCAAACGGUGUUAGCGACAUUGGAGACUGUAUCUACCAGAUGUCGGCUUUGGCCGCCAUGAAAGCUACUUCAUCACUCUUUCUACGACGCGACCUCCGCUAUGGACCUUUUGUUUUCAGCCUGACCGACCUACAUCAGAGUAACAUUUUUGUUGAUGAAAACUGGAACAUUACAUGCCUUAUUGAUCUUGAAUGGGCAUUCUCCUGUCCCGUUGAAAUGAUCCACCCUCCCCGCUGGCUAGCGAACCAGGCAAUCGACCAGAUGGACGAGAAGAUAUACGACCCCGUUCGUCGCGAGUUCCUAGAUGUUAUGGAGGAAACCGAGCAGGAGCUUUCCAUUCAACCUCGAGACAGACUUUCCGUUGUCAUGAAACAAGCAUGGGAAAUGGGGACUUUCUGGUACACUUUGGCUCUUCGAAGUCCAACGGGGCUUGUUCGAGUAUUCUACGAUCACAUCCAGCCGAUACUCGCCAACGGGCACGAAGAGAACGACGCGUUUUACACAAUUAUGAUGGAAUAUUGGACCAUUGGGACGAGUUCAUUCAUUAAUAAGAAACUGAAAGAUAAGGAGGAAUAUGAUAGGCAGCUCCGCCAGGCGUUCGAGGACAAAGUGGAAAGUCCCCGUUGA